AUGAUAUCACGAUGGCGGCAUCGCAUCGAAUCUCACAGACUUACAACCAUUGCAUCUAAGCUCUGGGCUUUCAGAGAACAUAUCAAAUUAGACUAUCAGAAAUAUGUCUACUGCCGGUUACUUGACUUGUUCCUUCGGGAAGGGCUCUUUGAUAAGUUGUGCAGCGAUGAGAAAGAGACCAUCAAAUGCUUUUGGAAGUUUGCCUUAUCUUUGGUCCAUGUACAAGGUGUUUUCGAGCCGGCAUCGUCGCUAAUGCUUUCCCUCAUUAAGAAAUAUCGAUCGGAACUAGGAGAUGACGAGGAUCUCGUAGAUAUCAUUUGUGAUAUCCUAUCGCGAACUUCAAUCCAUCACGGGGCAGUUAUUUACAAGCUGGUCAUGUUUCUCGUUACUGAAUUCGAGUUCGAUGAGAUGAAACCCUUUACUGGAGUCGUCGACAAGAAAAAGGGCCUUAAGGAGUGGAGAUUCCGCUGUCAAGUGGCAGAGUGGCUCGUGUUUCGUCUCGAACCUGAAGGGAAUAUAGGUCUAUUGCUGUUUUCGUUGGCUUCUCUUCAUCCAGCUGCAGCUCUUGAAUCUUCCACUAUUCCAAGCAAAUCAAACGAUGGAAUCGAGCGCGACUUGGAAAAGUUUGGCUUUGUCAAAUCAGCGAGUCCUUUGAGCAGUCCAGCUCCUUUUGUUCCGCUCAUUAUUGUGGACGAACUUGUGGAAUACAUAACACAUCUUUUCUCGGAGCGAUGGUCACAUUCUGAUGUUUGCGAUGAAAUACGAAUUUCGCUCUGGUGCUCCUUUAGUGGUAUUCUGUCAAAGCUCGGAAUUGAACCACGCGCCGAGGCAACACACCUACUCAACAUAAUGAACCGGUGGCUGUGUGUGGUUGUGCCGAAUUUAAAACCAGAAUCUUUGUCGUUUUUUCGCCCCAUUGAAGUAUCCAGCGUUUUGAUUCCACCAAACCUUCUCAAGCUUUUGACUGCUCGAGUGAUAGAUUGCCCAGCUCUUGCUGUUUAUUUAGCAUCAAUGCAAGUGCAGUUCGAAGUCUCCGCUGGCAUGAUAAGGAGCGUGAUGCGGAAGAUUGGAGACCGACUACGUGUAAACGAUUGUGUGGCCCUACGUUGCGCAGCUGGACGUAUCCUGGAGCGGUUUGCCAGUAAUGUAGACACAGUUCCAGAUCUACUUCUACUUUUCGAUGAAUGUGGAGAAGCUAUUGAUACCGAGUCUAGAAAAAGGCUUGCCGACAAAAUUUUGUUCGUUUUCAGUUUUUUUUUUCAAGAUCUUUCAAGUAAGGGGUUCUAG